AUGAAUUCCCCAACUACCCCCACCAACUUACGUUGUAUCGAGAAUCCGCGCGGGACAUUCGAUAAUACUUUUAUUUCAACGCACAUUUUCAGAAUGGAUAGACGCGUGAGCUUGCUCUUUAUUCUUUUUCUUUGUUCAUUCGUUUACGCGCUAGAUGUAAACCUGACUAGACAGAAGAGGGUUGUUGGUGGUGUUCCGGCUCUGCAACCUCCCGAGGACGAUCCGGUGGUUUUUGUAAAUAAAAACGGUCAACAUGCGCGCAUCAUCGGCAGUCGCGACCCGAAUAAAGGAUUCUAUACCUUUCGUGGAAUUAGAUUUGCAAAACCUCCAACGGGAGACAAUAGAUUCCAGCGAGCCUCACCCGUGCUUCUCGAAGGGGAUUACAACGCUACAACCUGGGGACCACCCUGUCCUCAGCCGAGCCGCGAUGGGACCGAUCGAAUCAUAGGAAACGAAGACUGUCUCUUUCUGAACGUUUUCACGCCGUCGCUUCCGGAUUCCAGUGAUGGCUACCCUGUGUUGGUAUGGAUUCACGGCGGCGGUUUUCGACGAGGUUCAGCGUGCCAAUACGAAAUGAGAAACCUGAUUAGCAAGAAAAUGGUCGUUGUAUCCGUACAGUAUAGACUAGGAUCGUUAGGCUUCUUGAGCACAGGUACGAAGGAGUUGCCGGGAAACAACGGCAUGUUCGACAUGAUACUGGCCGUCGACUGGGUGAAGGAUUACAUACACUUCUUCGGCGGUAACUCGAAAAAAAUAGUGGCUUUUGGUCAUGACACCGGUGCCAGUUCCGCCAUGAUGCUGUCACUAUCGAAAUUCUGCAAAAAUAGCUUCAGCGGUCUGAUCGCCAUGUCGGGUUCGAUUUUAUCUCACUUCGCGGUCGACAGAAAUCCUGCCGACACAGCGAAAGAUGUAGCGCGCCACAAUGGCUGUCCGAUAGAUAACACUCGAGAAAUGGUGAGCUGUCUUCGGGAAGUGCCAGCGGAAGAACUGAUCAGGACCGAUUCCAGAUUGGAGAACGUUCGGAUGGUGGCUCAGGGUUUUAUCUCCGGACUGUCGAAUCUGCUCGGAGCCGGUCCUGUCUUGGAAGGUGCUGAUGACAACAGGUCGCUCCCCAACUUUUUGGUCGAAUCGCCGGAAGAUACCUUGAAAUUCAACAAUUUUCCAAGUAUACCUUUGCUGACCGGAGUUAUGAAAGACGAAACCGGAGGCGCCAUUUCCGGCGGCUAUAAAAAUGAAGUGCUAAAUAAGUUGAACACGAUUCCAAAUUAUUUGACCAACGAUUUGGUACCGCAUCUACAGGACACUAUACCAAACAUACAAAACGGAUCGCGAUUAGUUCCGCAAGCUUUCAGCGGCUAUUUUAAUAUCCUUCAGGGCGACGGCGCCCGAGAUACGAUUGGAAAAGUGGCGGAAGCUGUUGGCGAUUCGCUUUAUAAUGUGCCAGCAUUUCUGACCGUUGAUAAUUGGUCGAAAAAGGCGAAUGCUUUUUUGUACACUUUCGAUCACAAGGGAAAAAAGAAUUAUGGGAAAGACUUCCUCGCUGGAUUGCCGAUUGUCGACGCUAAGCAAUUGUCAGAUGGUAACUUGAAUCACGGUGACGAUUUGGGAUAUGUCUUUGGUCCAAAUACUAUAACCGGUGAAAGUAUGGGCAAGAACGACGAAGAACCAGAUGAAGCGGACGAGCGCGUGACUGAGAUUUUUACGGACAUGAUAGCAAAUUUUGCGAGAAGCGGCACCGUUAACAUACCUGCUGUAUCUAGCAGAGGCGCCAUGCUAGAUGAAAUACCGACAUACUCGAGCGACACAAAUUCUUUCGUCAGCAUCACAACAGCUCCGCAGAGCAUGAGGAAUUUUCGAUAUUGCGAAAUGGGCCUGUGGACUGUUGCGCCCGAACGACUGCAAUCGUCCAUGUGUAGUCUGUACAAAGUGCCUCUGCAAUUACUACAACAAGGUGUCAAAGGAACAGCAUCGAUGAUCGAGAAACCGCUCGGUACACUCGGCGGAUUUGCUUCCGGUCUUCAGUCUGGUCUUAAUUUCGCCGACAAAUCGGAAAAUCAAAAUACCAAAGUGCCGCGCGAAGAGAAUAAAACGCAGGAAGGAUCACGUGACAGGCUUUUAUCAAAAGCACCUAUACCACAAAUACCAUUCUUUGGCUAAAUAACUUUGCAUGUGCUUCUAAUAUUAUUUAUCUUGUUAAGGAUAAAUUGGCGGUAUAAAAAUACCUCUGACACGACAUUUUAGGUAACUGAUUCAUGGAACAGGAAUAUCACAGAAUAGAUUGAGCAUAUCUGCACCAUCAGUGUCUGAUUCUUCAUCUUCUUCUUCUUGCUGAACAUCAUUUUCUGCUAUCUUCUCCUUUAUUUCUUCAUCAUUUGUUUAGACCAAUGCUGCGAUUUUUGAACCUGAAAUAAGAUUAUAUAUG